CGAACGUGGCGGCCCCGAACAACGUUCAACAAGGGCAACAAGGCGGGCAACAAGGUGUUAUUCAACAGCAGCAGAGUAUUUUUCAUCAGCCACAGAGGAGACCGUGGCAAGGAGGAUAUCGAGAGCAGGGAGGCCAUCGUGAGCAAGGAAAUUUUCGAGGGAGGGACGAUCGUUUCGAGCGUAUGUGGGGUUUCGUGAGCAAGGAGAUGGAGGAGAAGGAACGAUUGAUGAAGGAACGAGAGAAGAAACAGAAGGAGGAGGAAGAGAAGAAGAGGCAGCAGGAGAAGGAUGAAAAGAGGCAAAAGGAACAACAGGAGAAAGUAGAUUUUCAAGCGAACUUGGGAAAAUUGAUCAAGAGAUCGAUGGUGGAAGUAUGUGAGUCAAUUUUGGGCAAGAAAGUUGCCCCUACGGAAAAUGUCUGCGUUGAAAUCGAUAUCGAACUUCGAAGGCAGGCGAUAGCCGCUGGGAAGAAGCCUAUGCAAGAAGACAAACAGGAGUCGGAGACUGAAAGAUUGAGAAGAGAGAACGAAGAGAUGAAGAUUGCUAUGAGGAUCAGUUUUGCAGACAAAGAAAUUGAUUCACUCAAGCAAGAGAAUGCUGCACUCUCGAGAGGUAUUAUUGAGUUGAGAGAAGAGAUCAACGCUCUGAAGAAAGGAGAGAAGAGGAAUGCAGGAGAUGUGAUGGAGAAGAGUCCACCGACAGAACCAGCACGUGCAAAAGUAAGAGUUGCAGAUCGCGAACUUACCCCAUGUGAUAUCGCCAAGAUGGCGGAUGCCUAUCGGAGAUUCCGCGAUGACAAGGAUUAUGCCGAACGUGAAGUUGCUGCCCUGAAAGAACGUAUUAAUCGGUUAAAGGUUCGAACAUCUCCACCGGUUGUUAGAAGGAGGUUUGCAUUAAGGAGUGCACAACCAACUAACCUACGGAAGAAGAUGGCUCUAUCGGUGGAUGAGCUGGAAGAGGACGCGGAUGCUGAGAACAACCGCCCGAAGAUCAGAUUUGAAAAGCGGGGUGAGGAAAACAGAUCAUCGUUCACAAAGAGAGUGUUCCUGGAAUUAAGCAAGCUACGCAAGAGUGAAAUCGGAAAAUUAUGCUUGCAAGAAGGGCUCGCAUACACCACUAUUCGAGGCUCAGCGGCUGAUUUGGCCGAAAGGUAUGCAAGUGUUGCGUUCCCUAGAUUACGACGAGUCAUAAGAUUGGAAGAAGAAAAGGAGGGAGAAAAGAAUGAUGACCAAUCAAUUGAUUUGGCGGCGGGCGAACCGAGCGAUCGUGAGGAAGUGAAUUCUGAUUGCUAGGUAAGCUCUCCGAGUAUGGGUGUUUUUCGUAAUGAGUCGAGUUGUGGAGAAUUGGCUUUGACUUGUC